AUGAAAAGUAUCGUAAGAUAUUCUUUUUCUAGACAUUUUUGCGAAUUCUGUGGUAGUAGUAAAGCUGUUAUGAUGGCUUAUUUGAAGGAAACAGAUGAGGACGAUCUUUAUAUCAGUAAACAACUGCAAGAACUUCGAGUAGAGCUGGAUGUAAAAAGACGAGAGGAGGAGAGGAAUUUCUUGAUACUAAGAUACUUUUUCGAGCUUAUCAAAAGUUUUGAUUUGCUUUCCAUGUUGUAUAUCUCUUUACAAAGCGUAAUUUUUACAUCGUUAGGAGACCAGAGCAGAGCCUUUGGAAUGGCCGUCUCUCGUUUGAACAACGCUAUGCUUGUCGUCGAAGGUGAUUCAAAGCAACUGGCCAGUAGUCUGCGUACAAUUUCACGUCUUGCUGACAAUAUCAGUAGUAAAUUUAGUUUCAUAUUUAUAGGCGCUGGACAAUCCGUAUCACAUAGCUACGAAGUGUUGACCAACGCAACCAGACGACUCAAGGGAAUUCUAGAACGAAAAUUAGACGCAGCUAUUGAUAAUGAGGAUGUUGCCGGAAUUCAGAGGUUUGUAAAGCUUUUCCCUCUGAUUAACGAGCACGACAAGGGUCUUCUUCAGUUCGGAAAGUAUUUGAGCAAGAAAAUCAUAAAGAUAGGAGAUGAUAAUUUGAAGAUCAUGAGUGUUGGUGGAACCGACGACAAGCGUGUGAACGUGCUUUAUGCAGAUACAUUAUUUUUGUUUUUUGAAGGGAUUGCAGCACUUCUUGAAACGAAUCAGCCAAUUGUUGAGAAUUCAUAUGGCCCAGAUAAAUUGCUGGACUUCAUUAAUAUUCUGCAAGUUGAAAUCGAUCAAAUUGUUGGAAAGGUAAUAGAUUCUUUUACGAAGAAACGCCAUCUCGAAAAGCGUGUGAAAGUAGUUGAAAGACUUCUGCGGGAUGAGCGCCACGUUGACAAAGUCGGAGGUGCAGUUCCAUCGCUAAUAUGUGCAACGCAGCCUUCAUAUUUCUCUGUUGUGUUGAAAUCUCGUGGAUUCGAUCUAUCGCUAGCACACAAUGACGACUUUGGUGACAUAGAUGAAGAGAAGAAAAAACGACUGGGAGAGGAAAAAGUACGUCGUAAAGAAGAACGGGAAAAAAAACUCGAUCAACUGCUCAAUCGUAGUUUAGUAGGAUCAAAAAUGCAGCGCAGUGAUGUCGAGACCGGAAAGCUUGAACAUGCAGUUGGUCAACUAACGGAUGUGUCACGAAAAAUGCACCACUUGGCAUCGCUUGGGAUGGAGUCGCUCUGCAAAACAGCAUUUCGGCCGAAACUCAGAGCGAGUUGUGACAGUUUCGUAGACUUGCCACAUACGCUCACUGACACACAACUCGCUGAAUUCGAGGCAGUAGAUCCGUUCAUUGAACAGUUCAACGCGACACUGGAUAAGCAGAUAGCGUCUUUUGAACAACUACUGCAUAAGGAAAACUUUCAUAGCUUACUGCUUAUUGUAUGCAGUGAAGUUGAACGUCAAAUGGAACGCGUUAUUAUGAAAUGCUCGUUCAAUCGUCUCGGUGGCCUUCAAUUGGACCGUGAAUUUCGUCAACUUAGCACUUAUCUAAGUGGGAUAGCAGGGUGGACAGCCAGAGAACGGUGUGCUCGUUUGGCACAGGUUUGUUCUAAAGGCAAAUGCUUUGUGUUUUAA